AUGGCCGACGUGGCGCGUGCAAUCAUCAAAACUGCAGCAACGCAUGGAUUUUGGGAAGUUUUCAACCUUGUGGAUACCUGGUGGGCGCCUGAGGACGAGGAAGGAAAGGAGGAAAAGUUCAGGACUGGAUGCGGCGACUCGCUGGCCAAGGCGAUCGAAGGCGGCCACCUCGCAAUUACUCGCGAUCUUCUGGAAGGCUAUGAUUGCGACUACUCCGCCGGACUUGACUUGGCUCUGAAGUUGGGAAGGGACCACGCUGCUGCGGAGAUUUAUCAGUCCGUUGACGACCCAUACAUGGUCGGUCAUCUUCGAUGGGCUGCCAGGCACGGAAGUAUGCGAGUACUCAAGUACGCGUACGAGGUUUGUCGGGAUGUAAGCCUUUUUGAAGCAAUGGGCACUGCAGCCUCCCGCGGGCAUUUAGAGAUCGUCGAGUUCUUACUCGAGAAGUGCAAGUAUCAACUGCUCCGAGUUGAACGUGAUCGUGACGCUUCUGAAAGCCCACUUGCCAAAGCGAUCAUGCAUGGCCAGGUGGAGAUCGGGAAGUAUUUGUACGCAUGCGGCGGAUAUGCUGAUUGCUCCCUCGAUGAUGUGAAGGUAGUUGUGGCUGCUCGUGGGCCACUGGAACUUGUCGAACUAUUCCACAAGGACGGACUAUACGACGCGUCUUCUCUUUGCGAGGCGUUCGAAUAUGCUGGCGGUGGAGGGAAAGUCGACAUCAUGGAGUUUCUACAGACACACGGAGGCUGUACCAUUACUUCUUUUGAAAAAGCGUUCAUGAAGGCGGCAACCAACGGUAGGAUUAACGCCAUGGACUACCUGUUCUCUUUGGAUGGACACACGGUCUCGACGACUUUUACCAAUCAAGCGUUCGUUGCCGCGGCUCGUGAUGGUUGUCUCGAUUCUGUGAAGUUCUUGAACGGCAAGAAGCCCCCUACUAACACUAUCAUGGGGGCUGUCGUUGGCGGGCGAGUUGACGUGAUGGAGUUCUUGUACGGAAACGGCUGCAUUACAUCGGAGAAGGUCAACCAAGUUUUUGUUGCCGCAGCACACACUGGAUGCGUCGAUGUGCUCAAGUACCUGUACACCGAAGCACACGCUUCUCCAUCUGUAGUUGAUGCGGCAUUUGAGAGAGCGGCCGACCAUCACGUUGCCAGUGCCGUCGAGUUCUUGCUGGAGACCGGCGCUGUUUCUCCUGGGGCAGUCGAAAAGUUUUUUCGGAAGGCUAUCCAUGGUCAAUGGAUCUAUGAUGCAUAG